ACAGUGAAUGCACUGCUGCCUCACUCAAAUCAUCUGGUCAAAGAACGCUCGACCAACAAGAGAACCCUCUUCCACUUCGCAGCCAUUAUUCUCUCACUACUACCAAACCUCCCACUACCAUAAACAUCCUCUCACUACUAUCGAACCUCUUAUAACUACUCCUUACUACUGAAAUUACCCUGCCUUAAAAUGGACGAAUCACCCCCCGACUUCUACGACGUCUACCUCACCGAGCAGCACGGCGUGCGCAACCACCUGGCCAUCUUCAUCGAAACCAUCCCCGACGCGGAACCCUUCUGCAACAGCGGUCGGCUCUACCAUGUGGUGGGCACCAUCUUGCGUGGCAUGGACUACGGCCAUCGCAACACCCCCGAUCCCGAACUGCUGCCCGGUUAUGUGAUGGACUCGAAGCGCAAGAUUGCCGUGAUCGCCAGAGACGACGUGAUCCGAUUCGAGCGGGAAUGUGCCGAGGAAAUCCCACCUCCCCCAGCUCAAUUGACCCUCAGUGGGAAGCCUUUGAACCGGGCCGUGCCUUUGUAUCGCUGCACCGACUGGGUGGAGGACGUGGUGCAUUUGGCCUUGGAACUGGGCAUCUUCAAGAGAGAUGGGAAGGAAGGCGAGUUAUACUUUGGAACGGAAGAAGAUUGACCAAAGGAGACUAGGAGGGUAUCUAAUCCAAUUGUGUUGGGUGGAAUGGAAUGCAAUAAUACAAUUGGGGA